UAAUAAAAUACAUGAUUAGCCCGUGUUGUCUUGAAUGUUGUUCAUUCUGAUAAUAUCACCCUGAUAUGAUACAACAACAAAUUCUAAAUUCAGACAUCGAGUUACCUGGCCUAUUUGAAAUACCACACCUGACACGAAUUUGCCACGGUCACUAGGGAGCUUUUGCGCCCCUAGCGGAAAUAUAGUUUAUUGCAUCACCGACUGAUCCCAAAUUAAUGACGUGGUGCGGUUCGUCUACCGGACGAUAAGGAUGGCCGACCAGAGCAGGCAAAUCAAACUCGCCGCAGCCAAGAAAAAGCUGAAGGAGUUUCAGCAGAAGAGUUCUCCUGCCAGUGGGGGAGGGGGUGGAAAUGGAGGAGGAGGAGAAGAACCAGGGGCCAAGAAGAAGAGGAAGGUGAAGGGAGGGAGCCAACCAGACACACCAUCAGCUGACCGACACGCUCCAGACAAUAUUCAGAGUAUUCUGAAAGGUCUUAGACAGACCAAUGGAGUAACUCUGCCUGCCUAUGGCAAAAGCCAGACCCACGUCCAUGGGGAGGUGAGGGGGUCCCCAGUUACCCAGCUACUGGAGUACCCAAACGGAGAGGCUGGCCGCGGCUCUCCUGUGUCUAACCCUGCUGGCUCUGCUACUAACCCUGAGUGUGCCAGCCACACCCACAACACUGACCUGCAGCAGAACUGCACCCAUGACGGUAAUGAAAACCAUGCGGAUGAGAAUAGACCCCUGUCGUCCACAGAGAGCCUGCGGCAACUCUCACAGCAGCUCAACGGCCUACUCUCUGGGUCAUCCACCGCCUAUAUAAAUGGAGACAAUGCUCACUCGCCUGCCAAUGAAAAAGAACUGGAGAGUGGAAACCAGGAUCUGGCAGCCGCACUGGACUCCAGCAAACUAACAAACAAUCGGCUCAAUACCAAGCUAGAACAGCUGACCAAGCAAUCUCAGGAGCUCACAGAUCAGCUGCAAAAGGAGCGAAGAGAGUUUGAACAGAAGUGUAUGAGGGAGCAAGGAGCAAUGCGGGAACAGCUACAGGUCCACAUCCAGACCAUCGGCAUCCUGGUGUCGGAGAAAUCAGAGCUGCAGACCGCUCUGUCAUACACACAGCAGGCUGCCCGCCAGAAAACAGGGGAGGCUGAGGAGCUGAGUAACCGUCUCCAGGCCACCAAACAGAGAGUCUCUGAGCUGGAGAGAACCCUGUUCUCUGUCUCCACACAACAUAAACAGUUUGACAAGCAUAACAAAGAGCUAGAGAAAGAGAGAGACAACCUGAGGCUAGAGGUGUACAGACUAAAUAGUGUGAGUGAGGAGGGGAGGCAGCAGAGUUCAGAGCUGUCAGAGCAGCUCAAGCUGAGGAUGAGUGAGAACAACGACAUGAGACUGGACCUGGAGGAACUGCGCAAGAGACUGGAGAUGGCUGACGACAUGCUGCAACAGUUUUCCAGUCAGUCAGGGCCUCCCAGUGCCAACCAGCAGAUGCAGUUACUACUGGAGGAGAAACUACAGAUUGAGGCACACACUGCUCAGUUGAUGGAGUCGGUUGCCCAGCUGCAGACAGAGAGAGACCGCUACGCUGAGCAGAUCCAGGAGGAGGGACUAGUAUGGAAGGACAAGACGGAGCAGCUGCUCUCUCAGGUGACCGUAGUAGCAGAGGAAAGGGACCGGAGUAUCAGUCAGAUCCAGGAGCUAGAAGCCCACAUCACAGACCUGAAGCAUGCUGCAGCCCUUUUGUCCCAGGAGAGAGAGGCCCAGGCGGAGCCCAAGCCCUCAGGGACCUCAGAGAGUGAACUGGCCCUCCAGGGGGCACUCUGCAGCCUGCAGCAGGAGAGAGACUCGCUCAACGCACAGUUCCAAGCCCAGUUGCGUGACAACGAGCAGUUGAGUCGCAUGUGCUCGGAGCAGGAGUCCCGUCUCUCAGAGCUGGAGCGCCAUGCGGAGCGCGGGGCCGAAGAUGCAGAGGACCGCAGGCGCAUGCUGGAGGACGUGCAGAGUGACAAGGCCACCAUCAGCCGCGCCCUGGCCCAGAACCGCAUCCUUAAAGACCAACUGGCCGAGCUGCAGAACGGCUUCGUCAAACUGACCAAUGAGAACAUGGAGCUGACCACUGCUCUGCAGUCAGAGCAUCACGUGAAGAAGGAACUGGGACGCAGGAUGGGACAACUACAGGAGGACCUGCACAAUGUCAAGGAGCAGUUGGAUUUGAAGUCGCAGGAGUACCAGGCGCUGCUGGAGCAGCGGGACCAGGUAGUGGCCCACCUACAGCAGUACUCUGCAGGCUACACGUCCCUGGCGUCAGAGCGAGAGCAGCUUCACAGACAGUACCUGCAGCAGAGCCAGCUGAUGGACCGGCUGCAGCAUGACGAGACCCAGGGAAGGGUUCAGUUGGAGAUGAGCCACAAACAGCUGGAGCAAUACCAGAAGACGCUGGAGCAGUUGGCCAGAGACAAUGAGCAGUUGAAGGCUGAAGUCACAGAGCUGCUCAACAGCUCAGCCCUGGCAACACCCUACAGAGACCAGGGAGACGGAGUGGAGAGCCAAUCCCUGCCAGACAGUCCGCAGAAGUCCUCCAUCGCUAUCCCAGAAGACUUUGAGAGCCGUGAGGAGAUGGAGGAGUUUGUGCGCAGUGCGGUGGCGCGUGUGGAGGCAGAGAGAGACGAGGUGAGGAGCAGACUGGAGGAGGAGAGGAGACUGCACCUCGCUGCCCGACACCAGGCUGCAGCACUCAUAGAGCACCACAGCCACAGUCAUGACCAUGACCACAACCAUGACCAUGAACACAGUCAAGGUCACGGUCAGAGCCACGACCACCGUCACAGCCAUGAUGACCACAGUCACUGUGAACACACAGGUUCAGAGGGCGUACCAGUGGAGGUACAUGAGGCCUUGUGUGUUGCCAUGGAGAGGCUGCAGCAGCGCUUCACCUCUCUGAUGCAGGAGAAGGCUGACCUGAAGGAGAGGGUAGAGGAGCUGGAACACCGUUGUAUACAGCUGUCUGGAGAGACUGAUACUAUUGGAGAGUACAUCACCCUGUACCAGAACCAGAGAGCCAUCAUGAAGCAGAAACACAUGGAGAAGGAGCAGUACAUCAGUAUGUUGGCCCAGGACAAAGAGGAGAUGAAGGCCAAACUGGCCGAGCUGCAGAACCUGGUGAUGAGGUUGGUGGGUGAGAGGAACGAGUGGUACAGCCGCUACACUGGGGCGGUGGCUAGCGCUAAUGCUACGGCUAACCCUGACCUGCUGCCAGCCGGCGAGGAGCAGGUCCAGGCUCACCACACACACAGACGCAUGGAGCUCAACGCUGUGGAUGGACAAGAGUCUAUGGAUGUAAGUUCAGCCGUGGAGCCCGACUCCACCGACCUCCCUAACGGUGGCCCGUCAGACCAGGGCCAGGGGCUCCCCCCAGACUCCCAUGCUCUGAUGAGGCCCCAGGAGGACGGCACGACCAGGCAGAUCAUGCAGCUGCUCCAGGAGAUCCAAAACCCCCAGGGGCCCUGCUCCGUGCCCUUCCUGGGGGACAACCCCUGCGUCCCCUUCUUUUACCGGCCCGACGAGCAGGACGAAGUCAAGAUCCUGGUGGUCUGAUGAUGAGACUAUGGAGCUAACUGGCAGCGUUGGUUGGGAUCCCUGGCUAUGUUGGAGGAUCUCUGAACACACACACACCAUUCCACCACGUCACACUCGACUUAAGUCAUCUAGGAUUAUACGUACACACACUUUUGGUUAUACCGUCUCUCACACCAUGCACACUCACUCUCUCCCGACAUCGUCAAAUUCUACUUUCUGGGAGAGGUUGUUUCCUCUCUUUCUCGCUCCUCCUUUUGAGUCCUUGGCUGGUCUCGCAUGCUGUUUUUUCUUCAUUGCACUAACAGAGUGACUAAGCAUGUGAAUUCCUUGUGUGAGUGUGGCUGCCUUCCUCUCCUCUUCCACCUCUGCAACCUCCUUACUUGCAGUGUGUGUCUGUCCGCUUUUUUUGCCUCCUUUAAUUGGUAUUUAAUACCAUUAGAUUGAGAUUCUUUCUGUGAUUCUCUUGAUGGAGAGAAUAUGUUUAUUCCUGCACACUGAUCCCUCUCCUCUGUUCACUAUCCUCCGUCUCUCUCCCCCUCCCCUUCUCUGCCAUUUGAACCAGAGGUGCAAUAAAGGAUCUCUGUCCCCUCUCCCUCAGUCAUUGUCGAUUAUAGGAGAAAUGUAAGGCUUUGAGUGAGACGUUAGCGGCAACAGUGUGUGUGCCGUGCGUAUGUAUGUAUGGGAACUACUCUCACAGCCAGUGGACAAGCUUUAACUAAUCUACUUCCCUCUUGUUUUGCAUUAACAACGCUCUUUAUAGUUCAUAGUGUCCACAUGCCAAACAGGAGCUUACAGUACCUUUCAGUGGAGACUGGUGGGAGGAACUAUAGGAGGACAGGCUCAUUGUGAUGGUUGGAAUGGAAUAUAUGGAACGGUAUCAAACACAUAAAAAAUUUGGAAACCACAUGUUUGACUCCAUUACAUUAAUUCCAUUUCAUCCCUGACAAUGAGCACGUCCUCCUAUAGGUCCUCCCACCAGCCUCCACUGGUACCUUUUAUAUGUUAAGGCACUAAAUGGAUCCUCAUUCACAAUGUGUCUGACUGGAGUAGAACUGGGCUAGUCUGUCUGUGUUUAGUAGUAGAGACAAACAUGGCUUGGUUUUGCCUUGUGGGCUAUUUCUCAAUUCAUUUUCUCAUCUCCUUUCCUCCAUGUCAACUGAUGGGCGACAAGACUGACUCACUCAGACAAGUGGUCAUGAAUGGAAGAAGACUGUAUCGAGACACAGCCCUUGGUAGCUGUUGGUAUGUUCUAUGGUAGUGGAGGGAGUUGUCUGGGUAGGGCAGGAUAGCAGGUGGGGUAGAGGAGGGCAGGAGGAGUUGGGUACAGUACAGGAAGGAAGGAGGUAAGGGCCAGGCUGGAGCCUUGGCCUAACUGGGGUGGAAGUAAGUCAGGAAAGCAUUGGUAAAGACACUAGCAUUUGGAGUGAUGAGAGCAGUUUGCACUGUUCACAUCUAAGUCGUUUACUUCUAAGUAGGGAGACACCAUAGGACGUCAUAGGAAAGACAGGAACAUGCAUGUAGACACACAUGGCUGCUCACCCCUACAACGACCUUGUCUAUCCAUUCUCUUCCAUUUGGUAACACUGAAAUCUGAACAUAUGUAUGGACAGUAGAGCUUUCUCUUAUUCAUGCAAAUGAGCCAGUCAACUCAGUUGUAUUCCUCAAGUUUGCUCUGCGUUCAUUUAUUUGAGGCCCCGUUUCAUGGCACCAGUUGAUCAUCUUCAAUUCCACUGUGCUUGUUGCCCCUCAACAUAUCUAAUUUGUAAUUUAAGUCGCUCCCUUUGAGACUGGAUGAAGUUGUGAGUCUGUUUGAUGAAUGAUCCAAUCUCAAUUGUAUCCUCAUGAUUUGAAUGGAAGUUGUAUCUUCUCUCUAGAGUAACAUGGACCUUUUACUGUAGGUUUAUUGCACAAAAAUUGGACAGCGCUUCUAAUCAAACCCUGUCCCAUCUCGCAUAGCUUUUCUAUGGCAGAUCCAUUCUAGACAUUUGAUUUCUAUACUUGGGAGCCCUAUGAUGUCAUCAUGUGCACUUUGGCACAUCUGGGCUCAGGGUUCCUCUCGAGGCUAUUGAAUGAAGACUGUUGAAGUGACCGGAAGAGUGAGUUUGUGUGUAUGUGCAGUGUGCACUAGGAGGAUGUGUAGGUAUGUACAUAUGAAUAGAGGGUUGUAAUAAUUCUAGUAACACGAGGCAUGGGCAAUGGGGGUUAAGCUCUGCUGUUUUAUUGACAGGUCCAGGAAGGUCCUCUGUUUUUAGAUAACCUUACCAUGAUGACCCAAUUAAAGGUAAAAUUGCCAUAGGCGCAUCUCUGCCACCCUGCAGUUUUUGGGGAAUUGUGUGUAUUCCCAUAAUAUUUAGGCUAUUUUUUAAUUUUUAUGCUUCUAGUGUAUCUCUGUUGACUACCAAUGUCCGAUAUCUUUUUUUAAUUCAAGAAUGGAAGUCUUUAAACUGUCUGAAAAAAGGAUUAUGGUUUUGGUGAUGCUAUGUGAAGUGUGUUAAAUGAGAUCUAGAAAUUAGUGGUUGUGGAGAAAGUGUUCAGGUGUGUGUGUGCACCUGGUCUGCACUAUGGCAGUCGCUGAACCAUGUCUAUCCUGAAGCGAAGCACUUUUCGUAGUAGGACUUGACGUGGUUUCUGUUGAAAGUGAUCCCAUCUGAAUAUUUUCAUUCCUGGCUUUCUUAGCAUUCUCUUUUCCUUUAGAGUUAUAACUUUGUUGGUAAAAGCAAUAUAUUAUUUUAUAGUAAUUUAAAUCUAUUGUUUUUGGGGUGGUGACGAGUGAAUAAAAGUAACAGGUGAAAUAUAAUUUUUUUCCACACUUUCUAAUUCACAAUGUUCUUUUGAAUGAAUGCGUGUGAUUGAGCAGAUAAUGGCCUUCUGUAUAUACUGUAACUGUAACAUAUUGUAUAUUCAUUCUGCCUGGAGUGUGGGAAUAAGUGUGAUGGCUGUUUGUAGUGUUGCUAGCAGCCCAGCAUGCUUGUCUGUGUGUCUGUCUGAGCCAUUGUUGGGUUCAGGACACACAGACAGCUGAAGUGAAGGGGUGGGGUACCGUCUGUGAUUUAAUACAAAGGAAAAAAAUAUUUAUUUCUAAUAAGUAUCGAAACUAAUCCGUUUUAAUGCAAUGUAGGUUCGUUAUGAGAGAACAAAAUGGCUUUCGACAGUAUAUUUCUGAUGUGGUUUCUCCUGUAUGUUUUUUUUCUCCCCUCCUGAUUAAAACUGGUUGAGCAAAGUAAA